AUGACUUUUUUAUAUAAUGCUGGUAUCAUUUCCAGAGGUGCUUUCUCUGUAGUGCGCAGAUGCGUACAUAAAGCGACAGCAGCAGAGUUUGCUGCCAAAAUCAUCAAUACAAAGAAGCUUUCGGCCAGGGAUUUUCAGAAAUUAGAACGUGAAGCGAGAAUAUGCCGGAAGCUUCAGCAUCCUAAUAUAGUUCGUCUUCAUGACAGCAUUCAAGAGGAGUCGUUUCAUUACCUCGUAUUCGAUUUGUAA